CGUGAUGUCACAGUAAAGACUCGUGCAACAGGAUCGGGAGCAUUUGUCCCCUACUUAAAAUCCACCUGCCACUUGGAGAGGAAAGUAGUUGAGUAGUUGUGGUUGGAUUACAGCCAUGGCAGGGUUCUAUUCUAGUGAGAAGAUGACAGGCCUGUUCGCCUAUGAAAGCUCUGAUUUGGACUGGUGUGAGGAUAACUACAGGCACUCUGAACACAUAGUGGAGUACUUCAACACUAUGAGCAGCCUGUUCUUCUUCGUGAUCUCCCCCAUCAUGCUGUACCUGCUGCACCCCUACGCCAGGGAGAGGAACCUAGCGGUACACCUGGUCUGGACCAUGAUGAUCUUUGUGGGUCUCUUCUCUGCCUACUUCCACAUGACCCUGAGCUUCAUGGGCCAGAUGCUAGAUGAGCUGUCCAUCCUGUGGGUCCUGGGGCUCUGCUAUGGUCUCUGGUUUCCACGCAGGCUCUUCCCCUCCUUCAUCAAGGACAGGACAACCUUUUCCCGGCUGGUCAUGAUGAUAACUGUUGUCACCACCCUAUGCUCCUUUGUCAAACCCACUGCCAAUGCCUACCUCCUCAACUGCUUUGCCCUCCACAUCAUCUACUCAUUGGGUCUGGAGAUGAGGACCUGUACUGACCCGAAGGUGCUGCGGUUAUGCUGGUCUGCUGUUGGCCUGUGGGUGCUGGCCAUCUGCUGCUGGAUCAGUGAUCGUUUCGGAUGCAGCUUCUGGCAAAAGCUUAAUUUCUGUUACCUGCAUGGCAUCUGGCACAUUCUGAUUGUGAUGGCUGUAGCCUACGCAAGCACCCUGAUAGCCUACUUGGAUGCCAACUAUGAGAUACCCUACUCCCUGCCAAGCCUUCAGUACUGGCCCAAUGACAACUGGGUCCUGGGGUUGCCUUACAUUGUUCUGAAAGGAACCACCAAGACUCAGAAAAUAUUAUAAAGAACAUUCAACUUCUGCAAGAGACAACUUGAAGGCUUUGGUGAUGAAAUGUGGUCUGUAGUGCCAUGCAGAGAAAGUGUAAAAUGCAGUGCCUUUCUUUGUACUUAGCAGUGACUCAGUUUGAGAAAUGGUUGCAAUCCAUUGGUUUGCUUCUUAUUUUAUAUGAUAAUAGAAUCAAUGCCACUCAGGUCAUUAAUGUGUGUAUGUUUGUAUGCAUUUUGUGUGAAUUUUGAUCAAUUCACCCAUCUGUUAUUUGCAUUCAUACAGAUGUAGGAUCUUAAUUUGAUCAAUCUUUUUUUGCUGAGAAUUUUCCUGCAUUGCAGGAAAUGCAGAUGAGCUUCUUGGUUCACAUAAAUUCACUGAAAACCAACGGUUAUGUUAACAGUAUUUUGCUUUUCAUGUAGCAUACUUUUGGCCAGCAUAAUAGCCUAAUCACCGAUCAAGCAACAUUAUGGACUAAACGUUAAAAUCCUAUUACUGCAGGAUUAUUUUGCUGUUACAAUAUAGGUCAAAUUAAGAUCCUACAUCUGUAUGUGCAAGGAUAUUCUCUGCACAUGGUGUUUGUAAAAAAACAAACAUGUUUUGGCCUCCCGGGUGGCGCAGUGGUUAAGGACCAUCAGAGUCCCUGGGUUUGCGCCCAGGCUCUGUCGUAACCGGCCGCGACCGGGAGGUCCGUGGGGC